AUGAUUCUUGUCACCCCAUUCUUUGGGUGCCCCAACAAUUGGGUGACCAGACCAUGGUUUUGUGGACUGGGGAUUGGCAAGGCCAAGGACUGCCCUGGCUGGCAGUUGGACCAACCGGCGCUUGACAACCGACAGGUGCACAACUAUGAAUUGACUGACCAGGUUGCCUCCAGGUCAUCCAAUGCAAUUCCGCCAUUUUCAUCAACAGCCGCCUUCACAGCCGCCAAAAUGGCAAACAAUGUGGAGGCUGUGAAGGCAGCUUUUGAUGAAAAUGGUGGCAUUGCCUUGGAUGACAUGGAGGCAACCCUUAGAAAGAAUGCCAAGCUGAUUUUAAAAAUUCUGAGGGGAAAGCUGGGCUACAACAAAAAAAGGGCACCUCAUUUUUUGACUUGGCAGCUUACACAGGCAACUUUCACUGGAAGCACUUGUCCCGCCAGCCUAUCCAGCUUUUCUGAAGCUGCUGCAAUCUCCUGCUACUACAACCCGCAAGUGUAUGCAGGACCCUGCUCAGGCAUAAGUGAUACUGGUGACAUGGGAACAGGAGUGACGCUCAUGCUGCUGAAGAAGAUCAUCCCAACAGACUUUCUCGUCGCUAUUAACCAAUUCAGCAUGUGCGAUUCCACUCCGCAUCACUAUUCCGGCGGUUCUGCACUGAGCUACCAGUCGCACUAUUCUUUCGUCUGCAAAUAUGCCCUCAAGUGUCGCAGCUUCGGAAAACCCCUGAAGUGCUUGGACUGGGUCAGGAAGAAAUCAGAAAGUAUGGUGGCUCCAGUUGUUCCCAUUCCAGGUCAUUUGUUUUCCUUGCACCAUGCAAGUCUGAAAAACGCCCUCAGUGCAGACGUCAAAGUUCCCUAUUCAACCGUUACAUUGCUGACGCCAACGGUUCUACUCCAGGAUCCUGGAACUGGGCUGUCUGAAGAAAUACUGCGGGAGAUCGUGAAGCAACAACAGGAAUCAAUCGACAAGAAGUUGAGAAAAGUGCUUGAUUCCAAAACUGGAAGCAAAACCCCCAACUUGUCGAAAACUACCAACCUGUCUGCUUCCAAGCGUUUCCAGAAUGACAGUGAUGCUCAACCCGACGAUUCCGGCGUGAAUAUCAUCCACAGCAGAUCGUAUUACGAAUAUGUGGCCAGGAUUGAAGUCGCACCAACAGGCUCAGCCCCGGGAAGUAAUCGAAUCAAUUAUGCGGCAGGUAUCAUCAUUUCCAAGAGUCACGUCCUGACAAGUGCAUUUCCAUUCGUGGCAAUGAGGGACUCUGCCAAUGCAGGAUCGGUUACCAUGUUUGUGGUAGUCGGAGACCUGAGAUCAGGGGAUGCAGAAGCUGGGGAACAAGAAUUUUCCUUGUCCCCCACAGACAUCAUAGUUCACCCGGAUUACAUCGACCCCCUCACUAAUCCGCAAGGAUUGAUAACAAAUAAUUUAGCGAUUCUCCCUCUGCCCUCCUCCAUCGACACUUCCAGCGAGUUGGCAUCUUUUAUUGACAUCGAAAUUAGCAAGUUCACCAACGAAUACCCGUCCUGGCAGCAAGUUAGCAUUGGCGGUUGGGAUUUGGUGAACUCCUCGAGCGGCAUGGGCAGCGCUUGGCAACUUGCACGACGAUAUGAUAUCUCAGGAACUACUUGUCCAAAGAAUACUUCUUUUUUGGAUCCCACAUCGGUCUCCUGCUAUUACAGCCUGCAAGCAAAUGCAGGAUCCUGUCCUGAAAUAAGUGAUACUGGUAACACGGGCGCAGGAGUGAAAAUCAAGGCGCUCCAGAAAAUCUACUUCACCUACGUUAUUGCCGCCGUCAACCAAUUCAGCGUGUGCAACUCCACCCAAGAGCUCGGUUCUACAAUCUACAAUUCCUUGGGUUCUACAAUGAGCUACAGAUCCCACUAUUCUUUUGUCUGCAAAUAUGCCUCCAAAUGCCGCAGCUUUGGGGUUCUCAAGUACAAGGAGUGUGUUCACCUGACCAUCAAGGAACCGGAGCUUUUCUUCAUGGAGUCCACGAUGAAUACCAAAUCACAAGAUCCAGGAUUCCAUGUAUCUGAAGAAAUGCUGCAGAAGGUUUUGGAACAGCAGCGAAAAUCAGUGGAAAUUUCUCUUGAAAAAUUGCUUCUUUCCAAAACUGGGAGCAAAAAUUCAAACUCUACCAAGACCACCAAGCCCGCUUCUUUCAAGCCUUUCCAGAAUAACAGUGACACGGACACAGUUGUUUAUGGUGGCACUCCUUUGAAAAGCAGAACUGGGUAUGAGUAUAUAGCCAGGAUUGAAUGGAGCAGUUUGGGAACUGCAGAGACCAGUACAUAUUUACUGGCAGGCGUCAUCAUCUCUUCGAGGUAAUCUU